UUCAAGCUCUCUUAGCUGUUAUGCCAUUUAAAAUUCAAUCUACGGAGAACGCUGAUGUGGCCUCCCACUCCCCAUACGCGCGCUCUCUCUCUUUCUCUCUCUCUGCUUUAUGUGUUGUCUGCUACCCUAAUCAGAUAGAAGACCUUUUCCUGUGCAGUGUUGUGGAUGUGGAGCUCUUGCAGCGGGACACUUGAACCAUGACAAAGAGAGGCUGCUACAGGUCAGACUUUCCAGAGGGUUACUCUCUACAACACGACAACAAAACCAUCUGUCCAUGAAGUGACUCUCUUCUCAUCUCUUACAAUUCUUCAAUAUUGCUGCAUGUCUAUUCAAACCAGCCUUUAUCAUCAAACCAUCAUUAAGCCCAACACACCAACACAAUAUGACGAUCACCAUUCAGAAUGUCACUGCCACCUCCGCCAUUGUCAGCUGGUCCUCAUCCCCCAGUUGCAUUGACACGUUCUACAGCAUCAUGUACCACCCAAACUGGAACAACCUUCUGAUGGGUUAUACUCGCAAGAGCUUCGUACGUGAGGACAGGGUUCCUGUAAGCCAGACCUCAACCAGUCUGAGCAACCUCAGUCCACAGACUACUUACAUCCUAUGCGUCACCUGCCAGUCUGCGAACCCCACCAAAGGGCAGUGCCAGGUUUUCAGUACCCUGGAUGAGGGUACAGAGCUUGGGGAGAAUGGUAGGGAGCUGGCCAUGGGAGUCUGGUUGGCCAGCAGUAUCCUUCUUUUGAUUAUCGCUGUGGCUCUACUUUGGGGAUGUCUCCACACAAUCUGUCCAGCUAAGAGAGACUCAAACCAGGGCAACCAGCCAGGUUCUAACCCUCCUCACAUGGCUCUGGCACCCAUGGGUGGGAAUGUGGGAAGUGAGGGAAGAAAACAUCUCUACACGCCAAGUUUUAACGAGGAGGACUCUCAGAAUGCAACAGUGAUUGAGAACCCUUUUCGAGCAGAGCGCGGAAGCGAGCCGGGAAAUGGGCCAAGCCAUGAAAUUAGAACGCAGGGUAAUAAACAGUACUUUGGGCCAGAGUCAAAUUUAUAGGGCCGCAAAACCAUCAUAAUGUAGUGACCCCUAUAGUUCAAACUAUUAUAACUUACACAAUGAGGACAAUCACUGUGGUGGAAACAAUUUUGAGGAAAUGAGACCCUAAUGGUCGAAGCAAUUCUUUUGCUGUGAUACGUUUAAAUGUCAGAUGAAAACAUGCCUUCCUAAUUAACCUGAAGUAAUUAUAGAACCCCCUUUCGCUUGCAUCACAUUCCUAAAAACUUUAAAGUGCUCCAAGUAAUUUUUUCACUUAUUAUCAUCCAGUGAAGUUUUACCUAAUAGUACCUUUGACAAAUAUGUAUAAGAUGAGGCCAAAGUGUACUUUGGUUUUUCCACAUGCCGGUAUCACGUAUCUGGCCAAUUUCUUCAUCAGCAUGGUAUGCAUUGACUUUCUGU